UUCCUGCAGUAAAGCUGAUGAGAAAUGUCCCAUGGAUGGGAAUAGGAGCAGGGUAACCAAAUGGGGAAGACAAGGACUUGUCACUUGGGUACAGUAAGCUCUGGGAUGGCUUGCCUUUAGGAGACGGGUGGUAUGGAGGCCUCCUUGCAUUGGGGGAGCACCGGGUUUCCAGCAGAGCUCCAGGCCUGCAGUGCAGAGAGAAGGGGAGCUCCCUCGGAGGGAUCUCUUCAUUAAAUUAUUUGCUCUCCAUUUGAAUUAAAGAAAGGUGGAUGGGUUGGUGGCAGCAGCGGGGACUUCGCUGGGAGACACUUUGGCUCCUUGGAUGGGGCGAGCCCUCAUUAUGUGUAUUUUGGUGAUGGGAUGACAAUGGAGGUGUGGGAGACAGCUCUGAGUCACCCUCGGAGCCGCAGAGGGGCCGGGCCGGGUGGGUGGGGGUCGCUAAAGGCCGGGGUGGAGGCUUUUAAGGCACGGAGCUGCCAGUGCCGUUACACCGCCCGCAGACCUCGGCCCGCAUGGAGCUCGCUAGCCUGCCUCCCGCCAGCCUGCUCCCCGCCAGCCUGGCCCCUGCCAGCCUCCCCUCCGCCAGCCUGGCCCCCAGCCCCGGACCCGCCGGUGAGCCGCGCCGGGCGGGCAGGCGGCGGGGGUCUUGGUGGCGGUGCUGGUGGCAGUGUUGGUGGUAGCUGUGUUGGUGGCGGUGUUGGCGGCGUUGGGGCAGGAGGACGCUGCCGGGCCCCGCUGACCGCCGCUCCCCGUUCUCUCCCCGCAGGCGAGCCCCGGGCGCGCCCCGCCGGCCCCAGCUCGGGGCGGGAGGGCGGCCGGCGCAAGAGAACCACCUUCAGCAAAGCGCAGCUGGAGCUGCUGGUCCGCGCCUUCGAGAAGGAGCCGUACCCCGGCAUCGCCCUACGGGAGCAGCUCUCCAGCCUCACCAACAUCCCCGAGUCCCGGAUCCAGGUGUGGUUCCAGAACCGGAGAGCCCGGCAGCUAAACCACAAGAAGUGCGAGGCCGCCGCCUACGCCAGGCCGAGCAAGCCGAAGCCGCCCCGGUGCGCUGGCCAGGAGCAGCCCCGGGCGCAGCAGCGCCCGGGGACAGAGCGGAACCUUCUCUGCCCGCAGCCAGGCCUGCCAGGAGGGAGCCAGAGCUUCGGUGGUCAGCCGCCGUUCUACUCGGGGCAGCCGUACUCAAGGCUCGACAUGCAUUUCAGGAGCUUGGAUAACACUUUUGGAGCGCUGGGUCAGACCCCAGCUGACUUCGGUUUGGAUUGUUCGGGAAGAGGGGUCCCACUAGGUGCGGGAAGCGUGGGGAGUGCCCCUCCGUUCUCGCUCCCUGUGCAGCAGGCACAGGAGUAUCCGUACCUGAAGAAAUCCUUCCCUGAAGGCUGCUACUCAGAUGCAGAUGUUUUCCAGCCUUGCACAGAUCACCAACACCCAGCAGCUAAAGAGAACAUGUACAGGAAGCCUGUCUUAAACUACUGCAGUGCUAACCAGGGCCUGGGUGUUGAGAACUGUCUGUAUGCUAAGUCAAGCACUCCUCCCUUUGGGAAGGGCUCCACUUGCAGUUUUGAUGGGGGGGAACCUAAGCUUGAGCCCGAGCAGAUGAGGCACAGCUCACCUCUGCUUGCAGCUAGUAAUGCUAGUCCUCCUUUGGUACUUCCAAAGCAUGAAGGGGGGUAUCAAACUGCACUUGCCACUCCAGCCCCAUUGUAUGAGCAGCAGCUGCUGGAGACAGUAAAUGACUAUGACCCUCAUUGGCUGGGCAUGAGAAAUGAAAUUUUGGGAAUAGGGUUAGAUUUGUUGUUUGAGAAUGAGCAAAAUAUGGAGCAAGGUCAGACAAAAAGUUACCUUUCUGCUUUUGGUGGCCAGAAUUCAGUCUGUCAAUUGGGUCAGACAUGA